GUUUACCGUCUCAUGGGGUUUUGUGACGUGUUUGUGUUUUGUCCGAUUUUUGUAGGUGGUACUUGAAGGCAGCAGGGUUACCUGUAGUUCAGGUCCAGCUGAUUCGAGUGAGAAUGAUUCAGACASGCGUCGACAUGAAGAUGUUGCACCGCACAUGGUCGAACAGCAUUGAGAGUCAACACUUUCUGUUUCUUCUGAUGGCGUCUUGAGUCACGGUUUUAAUUUUAAAACACGUCUGGAUGGAGGAGUCUCUAAAAUAAGCGUAAUGGCCUCUGAAAACAACGCGUGGAACACCUGCGACUCCAACCACAACGUCACCUUCUUCUACAACUUGGUGGGCAAGGAGCUGAGAGAAAAGUGGACCGUGCGGGACUUUUUUGUCAUCGGACUGGGCUUGACGGUGUGUGUUAUUGUAGUCCUGGCCAACUUGUUGGUGAUUGUAGCCAUUUUCAAGAACCGCCGCUUCCAUUUCCCCAUCUAUUACCUGCUGGGCAACAUGGCUGCAGCAGACCUGUUUGCAGGUCUCGCCUACGCUAACCUGAUGUUGAACACGGGUCCCUGGACUGCAAGGCUAACUAAGGAGCAGUGGUACAUCCGAGGGGCUUUAAUUGACAUCAGCCUAACUGCCUCUGUAGCCAACCUGCUGGCCGUUGCCGUGGAGCGCCACCAGACCAUCAUAACCAUGCAGCUGCACAGCAACAUGACCAAGCGGCGGGUGGUGCUGCUCAUCGUUUGCAUCUGGGCCACUGGAAUCAUCAUGGGUYUGGUUCCCUCGGUCUUUUGGAACUGUGAAUGUGACCACGACGACUGCUCCACCGUUGCGCCCCUCUACAGCCGCCGCUUUCUGAUUUUCUGGGCAGUCCUCAACCUGCUCACUUUCUUCAUCAUGGUGGCCAUGUACGCUCGCAUCUUCUACUACGUGAAGGGCCAGAGUCGGUCCAUGUCCGAGCACACCUCGGAGAUGCACCACAACCAAACGGUGGUCAACCUGAUGAAAACCAUCUCCAUGGUUCUGGGGGCCUUUGUAAUCUGCUGGACCCCCGGCCUCAUUACCCUCCUAAUGGACGGUCUGUUGGGUAAAGAGGGCCAGGCCGACAAAUACGAGAAGUACUGCUUGGUGAUAGCAGAGUGUAACUCUCUGGUCAAUCCCAUCAUUUAUUCCCUGCGGGACAACGAGAUGCGGAGGACGUUCAAGUGGAUCCUGUGCUGUCUGUGUCGAAGAGGCGUUAAUCGACAGCAAGUGUCUUCGCCCAUCGAGAUCGACUCCCCGCUGAAGGAGAAAACCUUUGACAGUUUCCAGAAGUUUGAAGAUCAGACUUUGUGGAAGCUUCAGGACACAGAUGAUUGAGAUGACAGAUGGACAGUGUGUGGUAUGAUGGAAAAAUAAAAUGUUUGUACCUGAGAGACUGUUUUUUUUUUUACAAAGAUUUUUGAAUGGACAAAAAGCUGCUGAAUUUCUGCCAAUGCUGCAGGAAGAUGUUUGUUUUUUCUGUGGAUAACAAAUUCACUUUAAUCAUCAAAUGGUGCAAUCUCUCCUUUUAUUACAUUUGACUAUCACAAGAGCAUUUGUGACAAAUUAUAAAAUGAAACACUCCUAAAAUGAAAUACUGAAGAAAAGAAAACCACACUAAAUUAUUUUUUAAUAAUUUCCUAUUAAGAACACUACAAUUUGUCAUAUUCUUUGUUUUUGUUUUACUCUUUCUAGAUCGAUUCUAAAGUUGAGGUAUAAAAGGAGUUUAUACAGACUCACAAGUCUGAAAACAGUGGGGUUAUAUACAAGAGAAAUGGAAAGACAGAGGUAGAGAGAGGGGUAAAUACAGGGGAAAAGGGAGAUACAAAUAUACUAAUAAAAACAAAGAAAUAAAAAAAAA